GCGGUCAAACCUUAUCACCCUCUCCCGGACUACUGAUAUCUGCCAUUCCACCUAUUAUCAGCUACGACCAUGGUUCUGCGAUUAGGACUGCUCUUGUGUGUCGGUUUACCACUGGUGCUGGCGACCUGUCAGAUCGGCUGGACAGAGUACAAAGAGGAUUGUAUCUGGUUUAGUCAAGGCAAGAAAUCGUGGAACGAUGCUGAGGCCGAUUGUAGGUCCAAGACUGCCUGGUUACUGAGUGACGACAGCCAGGAUAAACAUGAUUUCCUGGCCACCAUUCUCAAUGUGCUAAGAGGUCGCGGUAUAGCAGAGUGGUUUAUAGGUGCUACCGACUACACGUUUGAGGGAAGCUUUAGAUGGCUGGAGACCGGUGGUCCUCUGACCUUCACAAAAUGGGCUCCAGGACAACCGAAUGGGACUACAGUCGAAAAUUGCCUGACACUGAAAUGGGUAGAUCGUGAAUUGUUAUGGGAAGACGAAAAGUGUUCUUCGAGAGGAAAGCGUGCGAAUAACAAUAACCACACCCACGUCCAUCACACUCACCCACCACCCAUGGGAAUGUACUACUAUAUCUGUGAGACCAGGAACGGGGAUCAUAACAGCGGACCGGUAUUUGGUUAGAUACACAACAAUGGUUUCUGCGCUGGUACAGAAUGUAUCUUCUGUUAAGACAAAUUAAAUAUUAUGCAAAA